AUGAGUUUAAUUCUGCUUCAAAUACAAAUUAAUAUUAAACUUGAUCCCAACAAUUAUCAGAGUAUCUUAUACAACAUUUUAUCAACUAUCCUUACUGCGUUAUUCAGUAUUAUUGGAAUUGUUCCUAACUUAGAGGAUAUACAUCAAAUAUUUAUUUCAUCCCCGUCAAUCCAUUCGUUCUCUUAUAUACAUGACAUGUUUCAAAUUACUUGUGAAGAAAAACUUCCAGAUCAGAACAACCAAAAUGAAGUUAUUGGCUUUCAUAUUCAAAAAGAGAAUGAUUGGUUAUCUAACUCUCAAAAUGAGAAUGAAUAUGAUAUUAAUCAAGAAUCAGAUAUUCCUGAACCUGUUGACGAAAUUGAAAACGAUAAAAGUUAUAAUGAUUCUAAAGGGGCACCUCCAUGUAGAUGGGAAAAAGAGUCAACUAAAAUCUUGCUCGCUUAUCUGAAAGAAAAUAAUGUAAACGUUUUACUACUAGAAAGUCGUGGUAUAACAGCUAAUAGAGUUAGAGAGACUCUCUGGGACGGUGCUUCCAAACUUUGGUGUAAAUCAGAAGUCGAAGAAAUUCUUGGUAAAAAUAGGUUCCAAGAGCCUUGA